UCUAAGGUACAGUAUUUUAUAAAUAGGAGGGCAUCGGCGCGCUCUUCAGUCAAUACAGCAGCAGAUCAACAACAACAACACUGUUCGCCAACUAUUAGAUAUUGCGAUACAACUUUCGACAUGCCGCCCAAAACGAAACAACCACCAAAGCCAGCUCAUAGUUCACAUGGCUACGAGUUUGGUGGCCCAUUCGGUGCCGCUACUAUCACGUUCGGUCUCCCCAUUCUCUGCUACGUCUUCGCCUUUGGUUGCAACGAUGUUUCCGGUUGCCCUGCGCCGUCGUUGUUGAGCCCCAAAACUUUAUCGAUCGAACAAUUGAAGGCUGAGGUGGGAUGGCCCGAAAACGGCAUCUGGGGCCUGGCUAGUUGGAAAGUUACCGGCUGGGUUCUGGCAUACUACUUAUUCAGCGCUCUCCUAUACCGCAUUCUCCCUGCUACCGAAGUUGAGGGUACUGAACUGUCAUCUGGUGGAAGACUGAAGUACAGGUUCAACGCUUUCGCCUCGCACAUGUUCACCCUCUCGCUCUGCCUUGCCGGCACUAUCGCGCAGGGUGCCGAGUUUCCCGUAUGGACUUUUAUCACCGACAACUACGUACAGAUUCUGACCGCCAACAUCCUUAUCGCUUACUCGCUCGCGAUUUUCGUUUAUGUGCGCAGCUUUUCCGUGAAGCGGGGGAACCCGCAGUUCAGGCAGCUCGCAGAAGGCGGAUGCUCUGGAAAUUUGAUCUAUGACUUCUAUAUGGGACGGGAGCUUAACCCUCGUGUUACGCUUCCGUUGAUCGGCGAGAUUGACAUCAAGGAGUGGAUGGAGUUACGUCCUGGUAUGCUCGGCUGGAUCCUUCUGAACUGUGCCUUCGUCGCCAAGCAGUACCGAACCUUUGGUUACGUGACUGAUAGCAUUAUCUUCAUCACGGUUGUACAAGCAAUCUACUGUUUAGACUCGGUAUACAUGGAGCCGGCUAUUCUUACGACAAUCGAUAUCACCAACGACGGUUUCGGUUUCAUGUUGUCCUUUGGAGAUCUCGUUUGGGUCCCCUUCAUUUAUAGCCAGCAGACCCGAUAUCUGUCGACACAUCCCGUGAAGCUCGGCUGGUUGGGUCUUACAGGCGUAUCGGCUCUCUUGAUUGUGGCUUUCGGUAUCUUCCGGCUAAGCAACCUUCAGAAGAACAUCUUCCGCACUAACCCUAACGACCCGCGCGUUGCGCAUAUCAAGUACAUCGAGACAAAGACGGGUUCGCGACUAAUGACAUCGGGCUGGUGGGGUGUCGCUAGACAUAUUAACUACCUCGGCGAUUGGUUGCAGUCGUGGCCAUAUGCGUUACCUACCGGGUUUUCCGGAUACAUCAUCCUACCACCCGGCAGCAACGCUGAAGGGGCUAUCAAGACGCUCGACGGAAGAGAGAUAGUGCAAGGGCCAGCCAAGUACUGGGGUAUGCUCUUCACUUACUUCUACGUUGUAUACUUUGCCAUUCUGCUGAUCCACCGCGACGGCCGAGACGACGAGAAGUGUGCGAAGAAGUACGGAGAAGACUGGAAGAAGUACAAGAGCAUUGUGAAAUACAAGAUCGUGCCAGGUAUUUACUAGGUCUACUCAAGGUCUACCCAACGUAGAUAUCUAUCUACCUAGGCAUCGUAUAUACCUAUUGUAUACACAAAGGGCCUUGGGCAUUGGAAUCUCAAGGUAGGACGAGUGGUUCGGAUAUGGUUGUGAUAGGUUAGUUACAGACUAGGAGAAAGUAAUUGGAUGGUCAAAGGGGGGCAUAUACCUACUACCUAGGCACCUAGCAGGAAGAAAACGCUUAAUGUUACUGAGCUUAGUGUUAUUGUUCUCUUAUACUUUUCUACCUAUACCUACCUACAUAAUGUACGUGUAGGCGCUGUCCCAACGGGCUCAACAUGACCUCAAUGUGUAUAAAUGUAUCUUAAGUUAAUGUUAGUACAGACCUUCGUUAGUAUAUGUUGUGUAUAUUAUAUAUACCUAGGUACCUAGGGAAGUAUAGCAGGGACGCAUCUUAUUAUGGCCUCUACCCU